GAACGGGACUAUUGUAAACUUGUUGAAUUGUGUCUCGUAGUUUAAUAAUUACCAAAUAAAUAAACAUUACCUUUAAAAAAUAACGUGUUAUUUAAUAGAUGACUUCACUGUAUUAAGUUAAUUAAAAAAAUAAAGUGUAGGUUUUGCGUUUGUUUUCCCAUCAUUCAUUGCUAAGCGCUAGAGCAGCCAUUUUCCUACGCUAUACCCGGGGAGCUCGGCGGGCAAUUUAUUUCCUCAAGUAGGAUUUUAUCUUGGGGAACUGGCGUUCCCUUCAUUGAGGAACAAUGAGCCAGUAUAUACAUGUUGCCGAGAAUGAAGGCAAUGAGCCUAUGGAGGUACCUAGUGAAGAUGAUGGAACACUUCUUUUGACGACGUUGUCAGCUCAGUUCCCCGGGGCUUGCGGAUUGAAGUACCGAAAUCAUGAAACGGGAACGAUUCGGGGAUUGCGAUUGUCAGACGGCCGAUUAUAUCCGCCUGAUACUGACUGGGGAAGACAAGUCUACAUAGUUGUGUUUCCUAAAGGAGAGAAAGCUAAUAAAGAAAAUUCUCACACAUCUUCUGAACCUACCCUUUUGGUGAAGCCUUACAAACGCUUUGAACGUCAGAAAUGCAGUGACCUCAUUGUCUUAGGUCUUCCUUGGAAAAGCAGUGAAGAUGAUCUGCGGAAAUAUUUUCAACAGUUUGGAGAACUACUAAUGGUUCAGGUGAAGAAGGAUCCAAAAAGUGGACAGUCCAAAGGGUUUGGCUUUGUAAGGUUUGCUGAGUAUGAAUCCCAAGUCAAAUGUAUGUCUCAAAGGCACAUGAUUGAUGGACGUUGGUGUGAUGUUCGUAUUCCUAACUCAAAAGAAGGUGCACAGCAAAUGAUGAACCGCAAAGUAUUUGUGGGACGUUGCACUGAGGAAAUGACAGCUGAGGAUCUACGUCAGUACUUCAGCAAAUUUGGGGAAGUAGUAGAUGUGUUUAUACCAAAACCAUUUAGAGCUUUCGCAUUUGUCAGCUUUGCCGACCCUGAAACUGCACAGGGACUUUGUGGGGAAGAUCAUAUAAUCAAGGGAGCGAGUGUGCAUAUAAGUGGAGCUGCACCUAAAGCCAGUGAAAAGUAUGAUAGGCGAAUGGUACCUAGCCAUGGACAUGUUCCUUACCAAGGGUCUUGGGGACCUGGCAGGGGAGGCAAUCCAAACCAUACCAAUAGUAACUUGGGUGUGGCUGGAGGCAUUGGAAACAAUAUGGGCAUUGGGAAUUUAGGACUUGGAGCUUUACAGCUCAAUCAUGCUAUGCUAGCCGCAGCCCAGGCUGUUCUAAGCAGUCAAACAGGAUGGGGACCAUUAGGCCUGACGCACCAAAGUGGAGGUGCCACCACCAAUGGGGAUCAACUGGUUGUGGCUACCACUACGGCUGCGCCUCAUAGUAUCAGCACAUCUUAUGCACCAGCACCAAUGGGAACAUCCAACGGUGCAGUGGUGACUGGGGCUGGUGGUGGCAACAACAGCUUCCUUGGUUGGGGCAACCAGACUGCUGAGAUGCCACCAGCACCUCACACUGUAACAACCAGCCAAGUGCCCAGUUGGGGCUCCAUGCCAGCUAAAGCAGGAUCAGGGUGGAACUAACAACAGGUGGACAGUGAUAUGUGUGGGUGUUAAUGUACAGAUGAUUGCUGUCAGAGAAAGAUUCAGAUAUGAAUGAGGUUAUGUAUUUUGAACUCCAGGAUUAUUCAUAAAUGUAUACACAAUUGUCUUGUAAGCAGUGUUUUUUUUUUUUUUUUUCCUCCAGAUUUUGUCAGUCUGUCUAAAUGGUAUAGUGAUUUAAAGUGCAUUUUGUCUGGUGAUUAUAUUUGGGAUAAUGUCCACUGACUUGUACAGCAGCAUAUGUACAAACUUCAUAUUAUCACUGAGUUAUAUCUGUCCCAUUCUAGACUGCAUUGAGGGUUUGGUUUACAUUGCAACUUAAUUUAUUAUUUUCAAUUUGGCUCUUUGAAAUACAAAGUAGAGAAUGUAUUGUUGAUAAGCUCACUAAAUAGAUUUUUUUUAUACUAGAAUUUGUCAAAACCAUGAGUAAACAGACAUGUGGGAGCUAAAUGAGUUGGUGAUGAUGGAAAAUGAUACUUUUGACUGUUAUUUUGACCAACCCAGGGAGCAAAUUGCUUCUGAUAAUAAAAUGUACGUUUUAGUGCAUGUACUAAAAACAAAAGGAUACCACUCACUUGUGUGUGUAAUAGAAUAAAAGAGUGCGUACGUUCACUGAGCUGGAAGCUAGAAAUAAUUGGAACAUAACAUGUUGAAAUAUCAUAUUGUUACUCUACAAAUUCUGUUUGUUCAUUAUAUCUUGCAUCAUUGACCCAAGUUUGUUCUAACUAGGUGAGGGAGGGUGUAGUGUGCUGUUGAAUGAGAAAAGAAUCUGUUCUCUCAUUGAUGUUUUCAAACAAAAGACCAAAUAGUAAGUUUAGUACAACAGAUUUUGUUUAAGGUAAAAAGAUUGAUGUGGUUGCAGUUUUACAUGAGAUAAAACCAAGGUUUUAGUGAAUUAUAGAGUUUAAAAGCAAGAUUGAUAAGAUUGAUGAAAAAUAAAUCUCUAUUUUGUUAGAGUGCUUGACUAAAUCAGAAUACUUUAGAAACACAGUUUGAUCUGUUUGCUUGGAGUCCUACUAAAGUUUUUUUUUUUAUUUAUAUGGAGUCACCAUUAAACAAAAUAUUGCUGGAGUGUUUUUUUUUUAAUUAUGUUUUUUUAUUUCUCUCACUAUUUGUGAUAGCUGUUUUUUUUUUUUUAAAUAUUACAAUGGGUGGGUGUUUACCACAAACCUGUGGUGUUUUUAUAGAUUUUCUUUGGUUUGUUGGUCGGAAGAUAAUUAUAUCUUCUUAUUUGUGGUAUAAUUGUUGCUUGCAGUGGAAGUGAUAUGCUAUUCUCUUAUAUAUAUAUAUAUUCUUGCAUACUAAAACAUCUGUUUUCUAUUGACUGAUUAGCCUCUUCUCUUUGAGUUUGUGAAAUUAUGUACUUGUAGUAGUGAAAUACAAAUAAUGUAAAAUAUUUUUCAACUUCCUUAUAAAUUUCAUGCCAUCACUAAAAAGAUUUAAAAAAGACACAAUGUUCCUUGGACUAUUUUUUAUUUAUUUUGUAGUUGGUCUACUAGAUUUAGUCUAAUGUAAGUAUUGAUGUGUUUGGCCUGUAUAUCACUGUUCACAGGGUGUAUCAGUAUGUAAUUUUGAUUGUGGUGUUAGUGCUUUGUAUGUGUUUUAUAUAACUGAGUAUUCUAUAUUAUAAAAAUUAUUCUAUGUGUAUAUAGUGGAAUCAUAGGCUUGUCCAGUGUUUUCAUUUUUCUAAUUAUUUUUUUUUCUUUGUUUGUGUUGACAAAGAUCUUGAAAGGGGAACUAUUUCAGGUAAAUGUAAAGCUGAGAGGAAUGGCCUACUAGAAGCUAGUGUUAGAUUCAUCCUAGGGAGACUGAGUCACAACUUGUGUAAAUAACAAAAUUGUAUGAACGUUGACCAGGGAAACUUAGUGCAGACAUUUUGUUUUAGAAGAGAAUUUAAUUUUAUUUUGUUCUAACAUUGCCAUCUGUUGUGAUUUACUCUGAGCUAUGAGUUGUUUCAUUGGGUGGAGGAGACAUUGCAUCUGUCCAAGCUAUUGCUCAAACCAGAUUUAGGAUGAUCCAAAACUAGACCUUAUAGUCUUUUAACUUUUUGUAAUGCUAAAACACAGGAGUUGCUACUUCAUAGCUAGCAGUAAGGAAGUUUUGAUCCUACUUUAAACAUUCUAUUAAAUAACCCCUGUCUCCAGUAGUAAUAUGCUAUUCAAAUAUACUGUAACCAAGAAGCAAACACAUUGCAAGAACAUUGAUACAAAAUAGAUUGUAUGUAUUAACUAGAUGGUUAAAAUCCAUUCAAGCAAUUUAUUUUUUCCAUUUGGUAAAGUGUCAACAAAAGUUUUUAAAAACAUUUAUUUUCAUGUCAUUAAUAAUUGCUUCUGCUACAAUACCAGACUCCAGGUUUUCAAUGUAUUCUUGAAAUACAAUGCAUGAACCCCAUAAUCCUUUUUUUUUCUUUCAGGAUUUUUACAAUUUCUAUUCUAUAUAUAGAUAAAUAUUUUCUAGACUUCAUUUAUUUCAUACCAUUAGUUAGCUGGACAAAAGUGUCACUGCAUUCAAAGUCAUUGAUCUUAGUACUGCAAUGAGUGUCAUAACUUAAGUGCAGCCUAAAUCAUUGCUCUUGGUACAGUUUUGUUCACAAGCUAUUCCAUUCUCGUAUUUUUUUUUAAUAAAAAAGGGAAAGAAUCAAGUUUAUUCUAUAUAUUGAACAUUUUCAAAAGAACAUUUUAUGUAAUUUAAGGCUUUAAAGAAAGUUGUUUUAAGAAAUAUGUUUCAUUUUGCUUAAUAUUAAAUACUAGAGAUUUUCUUAUGUCAUGUUUGUUAGUAGUGUUUUUUUUUAGCAUUUGCUCUUGUAUACAAACAAGUUUUAAAAGGGAUGAAAAAAAAAUCCAAUACUUUUUAAAUAAUGUGAUAAGCUCACAAAGUUAAGUUUUUUUUUUUUUUUAAUUAUUAUUUUUUCAAAACAAAUGACUCAGUAGUUAAAUGAACUUGUCCAAAUUGACAGUUCCCAUAGAAAAUGUAAGCUAUCAAUAACCUGAACUCCAGUUACAAUCAUGUAUUUAUUAGUCAGUGCUAUGUUUCUCCUCAUCAUUGUUUCCCGGUUUGGAGCAGUUGAUUGGGUUUUUCUUCAGUUUUUUUUUUCUUCUGAUUCGUUACUUUGUUGAGAGUGUGUACGUUUGAAGUCUAGUCAAGAGAAGAACUCAGUUGCCUGAUGCUGUCUCAGUGAAGAGAAAAUGUGGACUCAAAACAUAAGUGUACGGAAAUUGAUGAGUUCUUCUCUUGCUUGGGCAGUUGUGUUGAUAAUUUAAAGAACCCAGUACAGAGUUAAUACAUUAAAAAUAUAUGAAGUCUCAAA